CUUUCUCUGGCACCCCCAUCAGCUGUUGCUGUCAAUCACCUGAAACACACACACACACACACACAGAGCAGUGAGGGAAAGCCGAAGCUCGCGUGGAUCUGCUCUUAUAAGGACCUCGGCUGUCACACACAGAUGGACCAGCAUGAAAACACUGAGGGUGUCGCUGCAGAUGCUGAACUGGUAGCAGAGAUUAUGAAGCGUAACUUUCGCCCGUCGCUGAUCAGAACUGAAGCGUGGGAAGGCUACGUGUUCGCAGACAUUGAGAUCAAGAUCAAAGAGUCGUCGGAAUACUACGGGGCCGUUCUGUGGCCCUCGGCCAUGGUCUUGUGUCAUUUCCUCGACACUCACCGCGACGAGUUCAACCUCACGGACAAGAGCAUCGUGGAGCUGGGAGCCGGAACGGGCCUCGUUACCAUAGUGACCAGCCUCCUCGGUGCAAAGGUGACGUCCACAGACCUGCCGAAUAUCCUGAGUAAUCUGAGUUACAACAUCACGCGUAACACCAGGGGGCGCUGCAGGCACGAGCCGAUCGUGACCGAGCUGAGCUGGGGGAAGGAGCUGGAGGAGCGUUUCCCGCGCGCGACCUGCCGCUACGACUACAUCAUCGCCGCGGACGUGGUGUACUCGCACCCGUACCUGCACGAGCUCAUGGAGACCUUCCUACACCUGAGCUCAGACAACACCGUCAUCUUAUGGGCCAUGAGGUUCCGUCUGGACCCGGAGAACCGCUUCGUGGACACGUUCCAGAAGCACUUUCAGCUGCAGGAGCUCUACGACCUGCCCAGCCUGAGGAUAAAGCUGUACAGCGCACGCAAGCGCACAGCAACACAACAGUAGAGGGGUCAAGAUGUAAAAUAAGUCUGAUGUCCCCAGAG